GAAGGAAGAAGGAAGACAUUUUUGGUGGUAGAUGGCGAACAAGCUGCUCAGCGAAAUGGGUCUUCCCAACUCCAUAGCCAACAUUUUUGCUGCUCGUAACCUUAUUAAUGCCAAGGAUGUAUUUUCACUGACAGAAUUUGAGUUGAUGGAAUUGCUAGAUGUGGAUUUGGCUGUAGUAACAUCAGCAGUGGCACACAUCAGUGAAAUUACAUGCCCUCCGUACCAAACUGCACUGUCAUUGUUGGAACAGCGUGGUCAAAAUGAGAACAUGGCUGGCCAUCUUCCAACUUCUCUAAAAGGACUCGACAAUGCUCUGUGUGGGGGAAUUCCUUUUGGUGUUGUGACAGAGCUAGUGGGUCCAGCAGGCAUUGGUAAAACCCAGUUCUGCUUGAAGCUUUCAUUAUUAGCUUCUCUUCCUUCGAGUUAUGGCGGCUUAGAUGGUUCUGUAAUUUAUAUCGAUACAGAAUCCAAAUUUAGUUCACGGAGGAUGAUAGAAAUAGGAUUUAAUAGCUUCCCAGAAGUAUUUCAGACCGAAGGGAUGGCACAGGAGAUGGCUGGAAGGAUCCUGGUUCUAAGGCCAACAUCACUUUCUGAAUUUACUAAUAGUUUGCAGAAAAUCAAAGUUUCACUAUUUCAGCACGGUGUGAAAUUGCUGAUCAUUGACAGCAUGGCUGCUCUUCUUUCAGGUGAAGGUGUACAAGGACCUCAGAGACAACACUCAUUGGGUUGGCAUAUAUCAUUUAUUAAAUCAGUUGCAGAAUUUUCACGAAUUCCUGUAGUAGUGACCAAUCAAGUGAGAUCUCAAAGUCGUGAUGGAACUUCCCACUAUUCUUUCCAAGAGCAAGGCAGAGGUGAAAGUCCAGAAGCUGCCACAAAACUUGAUUCUCAUCUUGUUGCUGCUUUAGGGAUCCACUGGGCUCAUGCUGUUAGUAUUCGUCUUAUAUUUGAAUCAAAAUCAGGUCAAAGGUUCAUAAAAUUAGCAAAAUCUCCAGUAUCUCCGCCUCUUGCAUUCCCUUUCAACAUAACUUCUUUUGGGAUUUCAUUGCUCAAUGAUGAUGGAGUGGAAAUGCCAGGGCCAGAGAUACAUUCAAUAAGUUGUCAAGGUCACAACGAUGUUAUUAAUUUCGGUAGUGAAAUGAUGCAUUGAGGUCCAGAAGCAAAGAUACCUUAUCUAAUGUGUAGCCCCAUAGGCGUGCUGGUAAAUUCUUCUUCUUAUACUAGCACUAACACAUUCUUUUUUUCUCCGAAUCCUCAGACUGAACUUCAUCGUUCAAUCUUAAAUCCCUCAGUCAUAUCUAUUUUAGGUGUAAAUUCUAUGAGUAGACGAUGUAAAUAUGAUUGAUUUAUAAAUGAAUCCACUGUGAUGGAUUCGUUACCUUA